AUGGCAUCCAUUCUUCAGUUCUUGAUGCAGGAUGAAGAUGAAUAUAAAAUGGUGGAGAAAACUGACAUUCAUUCUAUGACCAUGAAAGACAGAAAAGGGCAAACUCCACUCCAUACUCUCAUCGCUUCGACAGGGACCACAGCAGUCUUAAGGCUCCUUCUUGAGAAGAGAAAUGUGGAUGUAAAGACAGCUGAUGCUGAGGGCAACACAGUACUUCAUCUUGCAUGCAGGACAGGUAACGAUGAAGUCAUCAAGAUGUUGAUGCCGAGAACAGGUUAUAGAUUAACAUACAAAGAGACAAAUCAGCAAGGACAGACACCACUACAUUGCUACGCUGAAAAUGGCUGUGAUGGGAAAAUAACAGAACUUUUAUGUAAAGAUGUAGAUGCAAAAGAUUUGCAAGGUGAAACAGCUUUGCAUCAUGCUGUGAGCAAAGAAAAUAAAUCUGAUGUUGUAAAAGCACUGAUGAAAUUAGGUGCAAAUCUGAACUCGACAGAUAACAAGGGGCAAACUCCUCUGCAUAAAGUCUCCAAUGUGUCACAUGGCACAAGCGUGGAAGUUGCUCAGAUGCUUGUAGAGGGACCUAGCAAUAAACCACAGACAGCAGACGUCAGUAUUGCAGACAAAGAACAAAUGACAGCAUUGCAUCAUGCCUGUGUAUCAAGAGGAGGGGGCAGUUCACUGGUUGCAGAGUUUCUUCUGUCUUGCAAAGGAGAUAUUUGGAGUCAGAAUAUGCACACACACUUACCAAUCCAUAUCUGCUGCAUGGAAUGUUCCAAAUACAGUUCAGAUGUGCUGAGAGUUCUUCUUAAGCAUCUUCAUACAAGUCCUGAAUCAAGAGAUGUCCAGCGAAUGCUGUCUGCUGGUGACAAGUAUGGGGACACCCCUCUACACAAAGUAUGCCUGUCUUCAGGGGAGUGCAGGAAAGAAGUUGCUGAAAUCCUUAUUGAUGCUGGAGCUGAUCUUACUCAAGUUAAUUCUGCCGAUGAUACCGUCAUGGACAUAGUGAUAAGGAACCGAGUAAAUGAUUUGAAUGAAUUGAUGAUUAUGAAAGCACUCAUGAGAGCAUGUAAGCUAGACAUCAAAGUCCAAGAUUUGGAGAAGUUACUGUCAUGUGAUCACAUUAACAGUGACACCCUGUCCCCGAUGCUUCAAAGACUUGUACAGUGUGAUGAACAACACACUGUCAGUGUCCUGGAGAGGCUGAUUCAGAAAGGUGCUGACAUACACCGAACCACCGCCGAUGGUCUGACUAUGAUACACCUGGCUGCCACAACACAGGGGGAGUUCACUGAUCGCAUUAUUGGGUUCCUCAUCUCAAAUGGAGCUGAUCUGUGUGCAGAGGACAAGGGAGGGGAAAGUGCUUUACAUAAAGUGGUUGAAGGAAUGACUCCCCAUUGUGCAGGUCUUAUAAGAUUUCUUCAUUCAAGAGGAAUACCAAUUGAUGCAAAGGAUUCCAUGGGAAAUACUGCACUUCACAAGCUGUUUUCAGCUAUGCCCAAACUGAGUGAACACUACAGAACUUGUAUGGAAGUACUUAUCAAACUGAAAUGUCCUGUUGAUUCUCCUAACAAACAAGGACAUACCUCUUGUGCAUUGGCUAAGAAACAUGGUGAGACGGUCAUAAAAGAACUUCUGCACACAUAUUGCACAAAACUAGAUAUUCUGGACUCAAAUGCCUUGAAAGACAUCAUAGCAAAUGGAGCAGAUAUCAACAGCAUGGACCUCGAAGGAAACACAGUGCUGCACAAGAUAUGCACAAGAAGGGUUUCCUUUGUAUGUAACAAUGUUAAGGUCUUGCUGAAGCUUGAAGCUGACAAGUUCUUGAAGAACAAGGAAGAAAAGCUGGCAUUUGACUUAGCUUGUGAUACGGGACUGGAUGAGGAUGUGAGAGAGUUGACUGUGACCGAGAGGCCUUCACCAGAAGAUCUAGAUACCGAUGGGGCAUCAGCAGCCACAACUCCAACUUUUCCUCUUCCUCGUCCACCGUGGGUAAGGAGGUCACCCUCAGAAGACUGGGUAUGUGAUUUUCGGAAUGGGAUGACUGGUAUUAGGAAUGCAGCCGGCAUGGACCACAUGGACGAUGAAAUGGAAAACUUUGAAAGAAAUGCAAGGAGAAAACAGAACAAUCACUUCAAGCAAUACUUGUGA